GGACUACGUAGCGACUGUGAGAGCUCUCCCUUCGUUAUCUCCUCUCUUCUGGCGAUGAUGCAAGCUGCAGCGGCGGCCAUGGCCGCCCACGCCCUCCUCCUCUCUCCUCUCGGCAGCCCUCCGGCGCUCGUCACCGCCUUCAGCGGCGUCUCUCUCGGGCCGGCUCCCGCUUCCCUCGCCCUCUCCGCCGUCGCCCCCAAGCCCCUCACCGUCGCCGCCGCCAAGAAGGCCGUCGCCGUGCUGAAGGGCGCUUCCAGCGUGGAGGGCGUCGUCACCCUCACCCAGGAAGGCGAUGGCCCCACGACAGUCAAUGUUCGUGUCGCCGGGCUAACUCCCGGACCUCAUGGGUUCCACUUACAUGAGUAUGGGGACACAACCAAUGGAUGCAUCUCAACAGGACCACAUUUCAACCCAAACAAAAUGACACAUGGGGCUCCUGAAGAUGAAGUCCGUCAUGCGGGUGACCUGGGAAACAUAGUUGCCAAUGCCGAUGGUGUGGCAGAAGCAACAAUUGUUGAUACACAGAUACCACUGAGUGGUCCAAAUGCUGUAGUUGGAAGAGCUUUUGUUGUUCAUGAACUUGCGGACGACCUUGGAAAGGGUGGCCAUGAGCUGAGUCUAACCACUGGCAAUGCAGGCGGGAGAUUGGCAUGUGGUGUGGUGGGUUUGACUCCACUCUAAUCCUUCGCUUUCAGCGUUCUUGCUGUCCUCUGUGUGUUUACCUCCUUUCCUAGAGUGAUGUGUCAUUCCUUGUUCCAAGGGUGUAACAUGGCAUUGUGAAGACGACCCUAUCGUAUGGUUUUUGGUCUCGAUUGGUCGUGUAUGGCUACUAUGUGAUUUGUAGAUGUUGAAGUUUCCUAUUAAUCACGAAACAAUGGAUCUAAGUCGUGUCAUAUCAGGUGAAUGACAUUUGAUAUUGUUGUGUGAC